AUGCUGUCCCUCUGCCUCGUGGCCGCGCUGCUGCUGGCCGCUGGGCCCGGGCCGAGCCUGGGCGACGAAGCCAUCCACUGCCCGCCCUGCUCCGAGGAGAAGCUGGCGCGCUGCCGCCCCCCCGUGGGCUGCGAGGAGCUGGUGCGAGAGCCGGGCUGCGGCUGUUGCGCCACUUGCGCCCUGGGCAAGGGGAUGCCCUGUGGGGUGUACACCCCCCGCUGCGGCUCCGGCCUGCGCUGCUACCCGCCCCGAGGCGUGGAGAAGCCCCUGCACACGCUGGUGCACGGACAAGGCGUGUGCAUGGAGCUGGCAGAGAUCGAGGCCAUCCAGGAAAGCCUGCAGCCCUCUGACAAGGAUGAGGGUGACCACCCCAACAACAGCUUCAGCCCCUGCAGCGCCCACGACCGCAAGUGCCUGCAGAAGCACUUGGCCAAAAUUCGAGACCGGAGCACCAGUGGGGGCAAGAUGAAGGUCAUCGGGGCGCCCCGAGAGGAAGUCCGGCCUGUGCCCCAGGGCUCCUGCCAGAGUGAGCUGCACCGGGCGCUGGAGCGGCUGGCCGCCUCACAGAGCCGCACCCACGAAGACCUUUACAUCAUUCCCAUCCCCAACUGCGACCGCAAUGGCAACUUCCACCCCAAGCAGUGCCACCCGGCCCUGGAUGGGCAGCGCGGCAAGUGCUGGUGUGUGGACCGGAAGACGGGAGUGAAGCUUCCGGGGGGCCUGGAGCCGAAGGGGGAGCUGGACUGCCACCAGUUGGCUGACAGCUUCCGAGAGUGA